CCAAUUUGCUGAGCCUGUCACCUGUGUUCCAGGAGCCAAACCAGCAAUGUCUUCCCCUGCACAACCUGCAGUCCCUGCCCCGCUGGCAGACUUGAAGAUUCAAAACACCAAGAUCUUCAUAAACAAUGAAUGGCAUGAUUCAGUGAGUGGCAAGAAAUUUCCUGUCCUUAACCCUGCAACUGAGGAGGUCAUUUGUCAUGUGGAAGAAGGGGACAAGGCUGAUGUUGACAAAGCCGUGAAGGCUGCAAGACAGGCUUUCCAGAUUGGCUCCCCAUGGCGCACCAUGGAUGCUUCAGAGAGGGGACUCCUGCUGAACAAGCUGGCUGACUUAAUAGAAAGAGACCGUCUGCUGCUGGCUACAAUGGAGGCAAUUAAUGGUGGGAAAGUCUUUGCCAAUGCAUACUUGUCGGAUUUAGGAGGCUGCAUAAAAGCAUUAAAGUACUGUGCAGGCUGGGCUGACAAGAUCCAUGGUCAAACAAUACCGAGUGAUGGAGACAUUUUCACUUAUACAAGACGUGAACCUAUUGGGGUGUGUGGCCAAAUCAUCCCCUGGAAUUUUCCGAUGCUUAUGUUUAUUUGGAAGAUAGGCCCUGCCCUUAGCUGUGGGAACACCGUGGUUGUCAAGCCAGCAGAGCAAACUCCACUCACGGCUCUUCACAUGGCAUCUUUAAUAAAAGAGGCAGGAUUUCCUCCCGGCGUGGUGAAUAUUGUCCCUGGUUAUGGGCCAACUGCAGGGGCAGCCAUCUCCUCUCACAUGGAUGUCGACAAGGUGGCCUUCACGGGAUCAACACAGGUUGGCAAAUUAAUCAAAGAAGCUGCAGGGAAAAGCAAUCUGAAGAGGGUCACCCUGGAGCUUGGAGGAAAGAGCCCUUGCAUUGUGUUUGCAGAUGCUGACUUGGACAUUGCUGUUGAAUUUGCACACCAUGGAGUAUUCUACCAUCAAGGCCAAUGUUGUGUUGCAGCAUCCCGGAUUUUUGUUGAGGAGUCAAUUUAUGAUGAGUUUGUGAGAAGGAGUGUUGAGCGAGCUAAGAAAUAUGUUCUUGGAAAUCCUCUGACUGCAGGAAUAAAUCAAGGCCCUCAGAUUGACAAGGAACAACAUGAUAAAAUACUUGAUCUCAUUGAGAGUGGGAAGAAAGAAGGAGCCAAACUGGAGUGUGGUGGAGGACGCUGGGGGAACAAAGGCUUCUUUGUCCAGCCCACAGUUUUCUCCAAUGUGACCGAUGAGAUGCGCAUUGCCAAAGAGGAGAUAUUUGGACCAGUGCAACAAAUCAUGAAGUUUAAGUCCAUAGAUGAUGUGAUCAAGAGAGCAAACAAUACUACCUAUGGUCUAGCAGCAGGACUCUUCACUAAAGACCUGGAUAGGGCCAUCACUGUCUCUUCUGCUCUGCAGGCCGGAGUAGUGUGGGUAAACUGCUAUAUGAUGUUGUCAGCCCAGUGCCCAUUUGGUGGAUUCAAGAUGUCUGGAAAUGGUCGAGAAUUGGGUGAACAUGGUCUUUAUGAAUACACUGAGCUCAAGACAGUCGCAAUGAAGAUAUCUCAGAAGAACUCCUAAAGAAGGCAGCAGAGUGAAGAGAAACUCUCAGCAGUGGCUACACGUCUCCUAUAGUAACCAGCAGAGUGGUGUUUUACUAUAAUUUCUUCUUCAGUUGAUUUCUUAAACAAAAGGAACUCAUCAGUUACUGUUACUCAUAGAAAACACGUGGCUUAAUCUGACAGAAUCAUUCAGCUUCUAAUAUGUGACCCCAAUUCUUACCCAAGAAUAAAAGGAUAGACUUAGGUGCAAGCUCUCUAUAACUCUGUCAUGACUAGGUGCUUUCUAUUGUAGCUACUUAUCUAAAUUACUCAUUUGAUGAGGAGGAUGAGUUGUGAUUUAAGUUGUGUCUCUCAGUGACUCCUUGAAGUACUCACCAUGCAUAAUAACUGCAGAGUCAGCUGCUCUGUUCCCCAGGUGUUGUGAAAUAUUAUCUAGAAUGUUAUGCCUGCUUGUCAAAUGAAAUGCCUAGCUGUAAUUAGAAUGCAAAGCUUAAUAAAGGCACCCUUGCAUGAU